AUGGCCUGUCCUUGCUCAAUAGAACAUUUCGUAACGUCAAACUUUAUUCAAUGGGAAAUUGAUACGAUGUCAUUCAAAAAUUAUUCGUCAAUUUAUAUAACUUCUCUUACAUCGAAAGAUUAUUCUCAACUAAAAACAUUCAACGAACAAUACGACAUUUUAUAUAUUCAAACGAUAAAUAUGGAUAACUUUGAUUUGAUCUCUAAUGAACCGGAUUUAUAUCGUUCGCUACAAACAAGAUUUAAUUUGCAUCAAGAAUAUAUUAACACAGAAACAUUGUAUCCGUUAUUUUAUGAUCUAUUAAUUCGACUGAAACCGAAACUUCAAUCUCAAUUGGAUGUUUAUACACAUCGCUCAUCUGGUCUCCUAUGUGCACAAAUUCGUACUGAUCGAAAUCUGACUUUUCCAAAUCAUGCUGUAUUUCCAUAUUACGAAAAACCAAUUACAAAAGUUCUCGAAUUUUUAAAAUCAAAACAGUCAUCUAAUACUAAAAUCUUGGUCACAACAGAUUCUCAGGAUGUACAACAAUUAGUUCAACGGAUGCUUCCUGCACAUUAUCUUGUACAAAUCAUCAGUCCAAUUACACAUAUCGCCCAAUAUUCGAAUUAUUCGAGUUGUGAGUCAUUAGGAAAAGCAAUUAUCGAAUUUCAUUUGUUGGCAGAAUGUGAUUUAAUUAUAACAUUGAAAAGUUCAUUUGGAUAUUUUGCAGUUAUGAGACGAGAAGAUCCAUUCAAAAAAUUAUUCUUAUAUUGUUAUGGUUUAAUACAAAUUCAUAAUACAGAUGAUUAUAAUAAAUACACAUACUCAACUUGUUGA